UAAUGUUCUGCCGCCAAUUUUAACUUGUGGGAUGGAACCCAAAGAUUAGAGGCGGUUGCGUGAGUCUGGAAGAGGGACGAGAUACUUAAGUGUUCCUCUUUAGUUUCUUCACUUGCAGGAAAGACAGUGGUUCCUGACUCAGGAAGACAGUCUCAGAAACAUGUGGAAUGAUAUUGAGCUGCUAACAAAUGAUGAUACUGGAAGUGGUUACCUAAGUGUUGGUUCAAGAAAAGAACACGGAACUGCUUUAUAUCAAGUAAACUUGCUAAUGAAGAUCUCUUCUGAAAAGGCCUCAUUAAAUCCAAAGAUACAGGCAUGCAACUUAAGUGAUGGGUUUAUUAUUGUAGCAGACCAAUCAGUGAUAUUGCUUGACAGUAUUUGUAGAUCACUUCAAUUGCAGCUCUUCUUUGAUACAGAAGUGGAUGUAGUUGGCCUUUGUCAAGAAGGAAAGUUUCUUUUGGUUGGUGAGAGAAGUGGCAACCUACAUCUUAUUCAUGUAACAUCAAAACAAACACUACUCACUAACGCAUUUGUUCAGAAAGCUAAUGUUGAAAAUCAGCGGACUUACCAGAAUCUUGUCAUUGAGAAAGAUGGUGCAAACGAAGGUAUCUAUUAUAUGCUACUUCUUACAUACAGUGGAUUUUUUUAUAUUACAAACCUUCAGCUUUUAAAAAUUCAACAAGCCAUUGAGAAUGUAGACUUCAGGACAGCAAAAAAGUUACAAGGCCAAAUCAAGUCCAGUUUUAUUUCUACAGAAAAUUAUCAUACUCUUGGUUGUCUCAGUCUUGCAGCUGGAGAUUUAGCAAGUGAAGUCUCUGUGAUAAUUGGGGGAACUGGUAAUCAUGCAUUCUCAAAAUGGGAACCAGAUUCUUCCAAGAAAGGAAUGACAGUUAAGAAUCUUAUUGAUGCAGAGAUUAUUAAAGGUGCAAAGAAGUUCCAGCUGAUAGACAAUCUACUUUUUGUUCUUGAUACUGAUAACGUGCUGAGUUUAUGGGAUAUUUACACUCUAACUCCUGUAUGGAACUGGCCCUGUCUUCACAUAGAAGAGUUUCUUCUUACUACAGAAGCAGAUUCUCCUUCGUCAGUCACGUGGCAAGGAAUUACGAAUCUCAAAUUAAUAGCUCUGACAGCUACAGCUAAUAAGAAGAUGAAAAACCUCAUGGUUUAUUCAUUACCUACAAUGGAAAUACUAUAUUCUUUGGAAGUAUCUAGCGUUUCUUCUCUGGUCCAAACAGGAAUUAGUGCAGAUACCAUAUACCUUUUAGAAGGAAUUUGCAAAAAUGAUCCAAAAUUGUCUGAAGACUCGGUCUCUGUGUUAGUACUCAGAUGUCUUACAGAAGCUUUACCAGAAAACAGAUUGAGUCGGUUACUUCACAAACACAGAUUUGCUGAAGCUGAGAGCUUUGCAAUUCAGUUUGGACUAGAUGUUGAGCCUGUUUACAAGGUCAAGUCAAAUCAUAUAUUAGAGAAACUGGCUUUGAGUUCUGUGGAUGCCAAUGAACAGACUGAAUGGCAACAACUUAUAGACGACGCUAAGGAAAAUCUACAUAAAAUCCAGGAUGAUGAAUUUGUGGUGAAUUACUGCCUGAAGGCUCAGUGGAUAACCUAUGAAACUACUCAAGAGAUGCUGAAUUAUGCCAAAACCAGGCUUUUGAAGAAAGAAAAAACCCUUCUCAUUUAUUCUGAUGGCUUGAAAGAGGUGCUAAGAGCUCAUGCAAAACUGACUACCUUUUAUGGAGCAUUUGGACCAGAAAAAUUCAGUGGCAGUUCUUGGAUUGAAUUUCUAAAUAAUGAAGAUGAACUUAAAGAUAUUUUUUUACAGCUAAGAGAAGGAAACCUUGUUUGUGCACAGUACCUUUGGCUUCGACAUCGGGCAAACUUUGAAAGCAGAUUUGAUGUGAAAAUGCUGGAGAGCUUGCUUAACUCAAUUUCUGCACCAGUCUCUUUGCAAAAGCUGUGCCCAUGGUUUAAAAAUGAUGUGAUUCCAUUUGUAAGAAGGACUGUGCCUGAAGGACAGAUAAUUCUUGCAAAAUGGUUGGAACAAGCAGCCAGGAACCUUGAAUUAACUGAUAAGGCAAAUUGGCCAGAAAAUGGACUUCAGUUGGCAGAGCUAUUUUUCACAGCAGAAAAACCAGAUGAGUUGGGAUUGGCAUCUUCUUGGCGGUGGAUUUCCUUGAAGGAUUAUCAGAACACAGAGGAAGUAUGUCAGCUAAGGUCUUUGGUAAAUAACUUGCGAGAGUUGAUCACCUUGCAUAGGAAAUACAACUGCAAAUUAGCCCUAUCUGAUUUUGAGAAGGAAAAUACAACCAGCAUAGUGUUCCGAAUGUUUGAUAAAGUGCUGGCCCCAGAGCUUAUUCCCUCCGUCCUAGAGAAGUUUAUAAGAGUUUACAUGAGGGAACAUGACUUGCAGGAGGAGGAGCUUCUCUUGCUGUACAUAGAGGAUUUACUGAAGAGAUGCAGCUCAAAGUCCAUAUCAAAGUCCACAUCACUUUUUGAAACAGCAUGGGAAGCAAAGGCCAUGGCAGUAAUAGGGUGUUUAUCUGACACUGAUCUCAUAUUUGAUGCAGUGCUCAAGAUCAUGUAUGCAGCAGUGGUUCCUUGGAGUGCAGCUGUGGAGCAGCUGGUGAAGCAGCACCUCGAAAUGGACCAUCCCAAAGUCAAGUUAUUACAGGAAAGUUACACGCUAAUGGAGAUGAAAAAACUUUUACGAGGCUAUGGAAUAAGAGAGGUGAAUCUCUUAAACAAGGAAAUAAUGGGGGUGGUUAGAUACAUUCUCAAACAAGAUGUCCCAUCUUCUUUAGAAGAUGCUUUAAAGGUGGCCCAAGCGUUUAUGUUGCCUGAUGAUGAGAUCUACAGUCUAAGAAUUAUUGACCUGAUUGAUAGAGAACAGGGUGAAGACUGUCUCCUUCUGUUGAAGUCUUUGCCUCCUGCUGAAGCUGAGAAAACUGCGGAAAGAGUCAUCAUAUGGGCACAAUUGGCGUUACAAGAAGAGCCAGAUCAUUCUAAAGAGGACAAGGCCUGGAGAAUGUCUGUAGCGAAGACAUCUGUGGACAUUCUUAAGAUACUGUGUGACAUUCAGAAAGAUAAUCUGCAGAAGAAGGACGAAUGUGAAGAAAUGUUGAAACUAUUUAAAGAGGUUGCUAGCUUACAGGAGAACUUUGAGGUCUUUCUUUCAUUUGAAGAUUAUAGCAAUAGUUCCCUGGUAGCAGAUCUCCGUGAGCAAUACAUUAAAGCUCACGAAGUUGCACAGGCGAAACAUAAACCCAGGAGCACCCCAGAGCCCAUAGCUGCUGAGGUGAGAAGCCCAAGCAUGGAAUCAAAGCUACACAGACAGGCGCUGGCCCUGCAGAUGUCCAAACAAGAGCUGGAGGCAGAGCUGACCCUGAGAGCCUUAAAAGACGGGAACAUCAAAACAGCACUGAAAAAAUGCAGAGACUUGUUUAAGUAUCACUGCAAUGCCGACACUGGGAAAUUGCUGUUUCUGACGUGUCAGAAGCUUUGUCAGAUGUUGGCUGAUAAUAUCCCAGUGACGGUGCCUGUGGGACAGAACCUUCCUUCCAUGAUACACGAUCUAGCAUGCCAAGCUGCUACCAUUUGCAGUCCAGAUUUUUUACUAGAUGCUUUAGAAUUAUGUAAACAUACUUUAAUGGCUGUAGAGCUUUCCAGACAGUGCCAAAUGGAUGACUGUGAAAUCCUCAUGAAAGCUUCUUUGGGGACACAUAAAGAUCCAUAUAAAGAGUGGUCUUACAGUGACUUCUUCAGUGAAGAUGGAAUUGUUCUUGAGUCACAGAUGGUGCUGCCGGUUAUUUAUGAACUGAUUUCAUCUCUUGUGCCUCUAGCUGAAAGCAAGAGAUACCCCUUGGAGUCUACCAGUUUGCCAUACUGCUCCAUUAAUGAAGGAGAUGGGCUUGUUUUACCUGUUUUAAAUUCGAUCACUGCCCUGCUUCAAAAUCUUCAGGAAUCUAGCCAGUGGGAGCUGGCCCUAAAAUUUGUGGUUGGUUCAUUUGGUACCUGUCUUCAGCACUCUGUGUCAAACUUCAUGAAUGGCAGUUUGAGUGAAAAGUUAUUUGGAGAGACUACAUUAGUUAAAUCAAGGCAUAUUGUUACAGAAUUGAAAGAAAAAGCUGUUAUAUUUAUCAGGAAAAAUGCUACAACACUACUGCACAAAGUAUUUAAUUGUCGCUUGGUAGAUCUUGACCUGGCAUUGGGUUACUGCACUCUCUUACCUCAAAAAGAUGUGUUUGAAAAUCUCUGGAAGCUCAUAGAUAAAGCAUGGCAGAAUUACGACAAAAUCUUGGCAAUAUCUCUGGUGGGCUCUGAGCUGGCAAGUCUCCAUCAGGACAUAGAAAUGGGGCUUAAGUUCCAUGAACUCAGUACUGAUGCCCGGUGGGGCAUUCGUCUUGCUAACCUUGGUAUUUCUUUUCAACCAGUUUUCAGGCAACAUUUUCUCGCCAAGAAAGACCUCGUUAAAGCUCUUGUGGAAAAUAUAGAUAUGGACACAAGCCUCAUUCUGGAAUAUUGCAGCACGUUUCAGUUGGACUGUGAUGCGGCUCUUCAGCUCUUCAUCGAAACGCUGCUCCACAACACGAAUGCCAGCCAAGGCCAGGGAGAUGCAAGCAUGGAAUCUGCAAAGCAACGGCAUCCCAAACUCCUGGCCAAAGCCCUCGAGAUGGUUCCUUUACUGACAAGCACUAAAGAUUUGGUCAUCAGUCUUAGUGGAAUACUACAUAAGUUGGAUCCCUAUGACUAUGAAAUGAUUGAAGUUGUCCUGAAAGUUAUAGAACGAGCCGAUGAAAAGAUAACCAAUAUUAAUAUUAAUCAGGCAUUGAGUGUUCUAAAACAUUUGAAGUCAUACAGAAGAAUUUCUCCUCCCGUGGAUCUAGAAUAUCAGUAUAUGUUGGAACAUGUCAUAACUUUGCCAUCAGCCGCCCAAACUAGACUGCCUUUUCACCUGAUAUUCUUUGGCACAGCACAGAACUUCUGGAAAAUUCUCUCUACAGAACUCAGUGAAGAAUCUUUCCCAACAUUGCUUUUAAUUUCUAAAUUAAUGAAGUUCUCUCUGGACACUCUGUACGUGUCUACAGCAAAACAUGUUUUUGAAAAAAAACUGAAGCCAAAGCUUCUGAAGUUAACACAAGCUAAAUCCUCAACACUGAUUAACAAGGAAAUAACUAAGAUCACGCAGACCAUUGAAUCCUACUUGCUCUCUAUAGUCAACCCAGAGUGGGCUGUAGCUAUUGCCAUCAGCCUUGUCCAGGAUAUUCCUGAAGGUUCCUUCAAGAUGUCUGCUUUGAAAUUCUGCCUUUAUUUAGCUGAGAGAUGGCUACAGAAUAUCCCAUCACAGGAUGAAAAACGUGAAAAAGCUGAGGCUUUGUUGAAGAAGCUUCAUAUCCAGUACCGGCGAUCAGGCACUGAAGCUGUGCUCAUAGCCCACAAGCUGAACACGGAGGAAUAUUUAAGAGUGAUCGGAAAGCCAGCACAUCUCAUUGUCAGUCUCUAUGAACAUCCUAGCAUCAAUCAAAGAAUUCAGAAUUCAUCUCGCGCAGAUUAUCCUGAUAUUCAUACAGCAGCUAAAGAAAUAGCUGAAGUCAAUGAAAUUAAUUUGGAAAAAGUCUGGGACAUGUUAUUGGAAAAAUGGCUUUGCCCUUCAACAAAACCUGGUGAAAAACCAUCAGAAUUAUUUGAACUUCAAGAAGAUGAAGCCCUACGAAGAGUGCAAUAUCUCCUUCUGUCUCAUCCAAUUGAUUAUAGUUCAAGAAUGCUGUUUGUAUUUGCAACAUCAACUACAACUACAUUAGGUAUGGAUCAGUUAACUUUUGCCCACAGAACUCGGGCUCUUCAGUGUCUCUUCUAUUUGGCUGACAAGGAAACUAUAGAAUCCCUCUUUAAAAAACCCAUUGAAGAAGUCAAAUCUUAUUUGAAAUGUAUAACUUUUCUGGCAUCAUUUGAGUCUUUGAAUAUCCCCAUCACAUAUGAGUUAUUUUGCAACAGUCCUAAAGAAGGAAUGAUUAAGGGCCUAUGGAAAAACCACAGCCACGAGUCCAUGGCAGUAAGAUUGGUGACCGAGCUUUGUUUAGAAUACAAAAUCUAUGACCUGCAGCUUUGGAAUGGAUUAUUGCAAAAGCUUCUGGGCUUUAAUAUGAUUGCUUAUCUGAGGAAAGUUUUAAAAGUGAUUUCCAGUAUCCAUUCUCUAUGGCAGGUUCCAUACUUCAGCAAAGCGUGGCAGCGUGUGAUACAGAUACCCCUGCUUUCAGCCUCUUGUCCUUUAAGUCUGGAUCAGCUGUCAGAUUGCUGUGAGAGUCUCAUUGCUGUCCUUGAAUGUCCAGUCUCAGAUGAUCUUGACCUGAUCGGAAUUGCCAAGCACUAUAUCCAGUUAGAACUUCCGGCUUUUGCAUUAGCUUGUCUGAUGCUCAUGCCCCACUCAGAGAAAAGACACCAGCAAAUUAAGAUUAGAAGUCUGAUUCUGAAUAAUAUCAUCAAUAAGAAGGAGUUUGGGAUUUUGGCAAAGACCAAAUACUUUCAAAUGUUGAAGAUGCACAUGAUGAAGACCAACAAUAUCACUGAACUAGUACACUAUUUGGCAGAUGACAUAAGUUUAGAUGAAGCUUCAGUCUUGAUAACUGAAUAUUCAAAGCAUUGCGGGAAACCUGUGCCUCCAGAUGCUGCUCCCUGUGAAAUUCUGAAGAUGUUUCUUAGUGGAUUAUAGUAAAUCAUUGAACCUUUUUGCAAGAAGGACAAGAAUUUUGGAGUCUGCUAUUAAUGGACCAUAUGUAUUACUGUUUUUAAAUUGUGCUACUAUAGUUAUUACAGUUUUUAAAUUGUGUAUUAUAGCUAUUUGUCCAACUUUACCCCACAUGUAAUAAAUAAAACGCCUAAUAUGAGCAUAAUUGCCCCAUAAA